AUGAAGGGUUGAAUCAAAAUCCUACUGACUUUUGUUUUAAUGUGCUAACAGAGUUUGAGGUUUUAUUGAAUUUAGUAAACAAAUAUUUAACUUUUAAAAACUGAAGAUGAUAGUAGGAAUCAAAGGAAAAAUAGUGUUAUUGAUUUUAACAGUAGGAGCUGUUUACUUUAUAUGCGAAGAUUUAAGAGAGCGUUUUAAUUCUUCGUCACAAGUUCCUGAAAAUGCACAUCCUACAUUAAACGUUAGAAAAGAACUGUUUGUUGGAGAAUAUGAAACAAAUGAUGGGGAAGAAUUGUAUAUUGGAAGAAAAUUGUUAGCUCAUGACCCCAAUGUAAAUAAAAAAUCACUAGAACUUGAAUCCGAUAAGAAUUUGAAUAAAGCAAAAUUCAAUGAAGAAAAUUUGCAAGAAAUCUCUAAAAAUUUCAUUUCAUACAAGAACAUUGGUAGAAAUCGGAUGAAGAAAUUGAGCAGACGCAAAAGAAAUACUCACCACACAGACUUCGGGUGGAGACUUAGUUUAAAUGUCACAAACAAUAAAAGUCCUCCAAAAGGAGUAUCAAAUUUCGAAUCUAAAGAUGACUUGAUUUCUAAAUCUGGGAAAGAAAAGUUCUUGAACAUUGCUGUUCAAAUGGAAGCAGCUUCACCUGAUGAUAAUUCGUUCAAAGAAUUGCAUCAAGCCUGGGAUUCGUUAGGAUUAUUGUUAAGAAGGCUAUAUGGAAAAAAUGCUUCUUUCAAGGAAAAUGCUCGUGACAUUACAAUCGAAACAACUACAGAGCAAGACGAUAAUAUAAAGACUGAGAUUCCUACGGAAAAACCAGAGAGGGAACGAUCUCCGAAAUUCCUUUUUGGAUUAAUCAAUUUUGGAAGCACUGAGAAUCCUCCACUUGAAGAGGUUGGAACAAUUCCUGGAAUUAAUAAUUCUUCAGAAAGUGUAACAUCGUCGAAGGAAAACGUGGGUCUGCAGGAAGAAUCUAUUUCAACAGAAAUUUUCUUAAGCUUAAAUUCUUCUGAGGCACCCAUGGAAGUGAAUUCUUCUGAUCACCUCUUUGGAUUGCAAGAACAAAUUUCGGUUGAUUCUACAGUAGUUCCGAUCUCUGAUACCUUCAUCGGGUUGGAAAAUAAAAGUCCAGAUUUGGAUUCUCAGUCUAUAGAGAAAUUCGAAAGAACUUCUGCUGACCCAGAUAAUGACUUUCCAAUCGAAAUAACGACUUUAAAACCAGAGCCUUCAUUUACAUCUGAGCAAUUAAAAGAAUUUUGUAUUAGUCUACUGAGUAGAAUUCAGGUUUCUCCGAAAUCAAUUGAUCAGUUUUCAGAGGAAAAUGGGAGUGGAGAGCUGGACAUGGUGAGCAUGGAAGACAAGGAAAUUAUGACUGAAUUUCAGACGCUUAGUACAGAUGUCCCUAAAGAAUCAACAACUAAAUCAACAAAUCAAAGAUUUGGAAUAUGGGCAAGUAUCUGGAACAGAUUUGUAGGCAGAAGGCUAAUCCAGCAUUCGAUUGAUGCCAGUUUGCAAUCGCCUACUUUAACUCCAAAACAUGACAUCACCUUGGAAAAAGCAAAAGAUGGCAUUAAUGACGCAUUCCAUUCCAAAGUCGAAAGUUCAACAGUUUUAGGCGUUUUUGAUUCCACUGAAUCUGAUCAAGACUUCUUCAAUGAUGAAGAUGGAAGUGCUCUGACUGUUCCUGAUUGUGAAAAUUUCUUCAGGCAAAUGCAAAAUGAUGCCGUUUUUUCAAAACCAAAUUUAUUGGAUAUCAUCAACAACCCUAUACUUCUAAGUUUAGAUCCAUCGCAAUUCAAUUUUACCGAAGUAAUUGAUGAUAAACAGGAGCGAUCAAUGAGAUCAGGAUCGGAUUCUACAGAUUCCAAUUUUGAAAAUAUUUUGACUACUAAGGACAUGGCAGAGGGCUUAAACACCCCUUUCUCAGUUGCUAAAUCAACAGGCAAAGAACUUCCUGAUGAGUUUUCUGUGAAUGACCUGUUGAGUGAGCAUCCAGAUAAAAAUUUUUUCGAAAUAACCGUUUCAAACGAAGAUCUCUUACCAACGCUUAAUGAUAAUCAAGAAAGCUUUCAAAGUGGAACAUUCGACAAAUUCAAUAUUGAUAAUUUGAUUACAGAAAAUAGCAACGAUUUUAAUAAAGCAGCAACAGAAAUUUCUAUUUUUUCGGAUGAGUUUCCAGAAAAGCAAAUGCAGCCAUUUACUGAAAUAUUAGAUGAUGGAAUAUUCAUUCAGUUGGAUAACCAUAUGAGAACAGACAAGCCUUCAGAAGUACCAUCUUCAGAAGUUUCUGCCGAUAUUGAUGAUAGAAUUUUUGGAUUAUUUAAUUUCGGCAGUGGCGAAAGAAGUAUAGAUGAUUCAGAUAGUUUAAGUACGCAAAAUGCAAGCGAAUUUCCCGAAGAUCCUGCUCUGAUCAGUUUUACAAGUAGCGACUCUGAUUUAAAUGAAGCCUUUUCAGUGGAGGGACUAGGAACAACUUCUUCCGAUUCCGUAACUAGGCGUAACAUUUUUGAUAUCAUACUAAACCUCCGAAAAGAGGAAAGUCUAAUAAAAAGCACAGAUUCUGUUGCUUUUCAUAUAAAUGAAGGGACACAAAGUAUGGAAGAUGCAAAUACAGUUCUCUCUGCUAAAAAAUCGCAAAUUGAAUCUCAGUUUGACUCGCAUGAAAAGCGUACUGAAAACCAGGAACCAUCCAAUAUGCCUGCAACACAAUCAAUUUCAGAUCAAAUGCCUUUGCAGAAUAUUCCCGAUGAGAAAUCGCAAACAGAUUCCGAGUUUGACCCCGAAGAACAAUUUAAUGAAAGCCAAAAUGGUGCACUGGACUCGACAAUAUCGGCCACAAAAUCACUAUUGGAAAAUCAAACAUCCUUUCAGGUUGUUCUUGAUGAUGGAAGUGGCGAUGAAGGAAGUCGGAUAAUUCCUGGGUUGUUUAACAUUUUCGGGAGUGGUGAUGGUAGAGAGCUAUCUGAAAGCCCGUUUGAUCCAGAACUCAAUUCUGAAUCCUCUGAAUGCUUAGAUUGCUUUAAAAAUACAAGCAAUUCAUUGUCAUUUGAUGAUUAUGAUUAUGAUGAUUGUGGAUCUGAUAUAAAUGAUACUGUUACGCUCAUGGGUGAAAAAAUAACUACAAUGAAUCCCUUGUCUGAUAAUAUUGUAUCGGAUGCUUACGUUGAAGAUGAUGGAAUUUAUCUCGACAAUAAAGUGAAUCCACUUUCCGAAUCGAAUCAAGAACCACCUCAAUUCUCAACGGAUCAUUUUCUGAAAAGUAUUGUCUCUACUCCAGUAGCAGAAAGUGUGUACUAUGGGCAUCAUGAUAAUUCUGAAAAUAAUGGUUAUGAAGUCACCAACUUUGAAAAUUAUGAUAAUUCGGAAAAGAAUGGUUAUGAAGUCACCAACUUUGAAAAUUAUGAUAAUUCGGAAAAUAAUGGUUAUGAAGUCACCAACUUUGAAAAUUAUGAUAAUUCGGAAAAUAAUGGUUAUGAAGUCACCAACUAUGAAAAUUAUGAUAAUUCGGAAAAUAAUGGUUAUGAAGUCACCAACUAUGAAAAUUAUGAUAAUUCGGAAAAUAAUGGUUAUGAAGUCACCAACUAUGAAAAUUAUGAUAAUUCGAAAAAUAAUGGUUAUGAAGUCACCAACUAUGAAAAUUAUGAUAAUUCGAAAAAUAAUGGUUAUGAAGUCACCAACUAUGAAAAUUAUGAUAAUUCGAAAAAUAAUGGUUAUGAAGUCACCAACUAUGAAAAUUAUGAUACUUCUGAAAAUAAUGGUUAUGAAGUCACCAACUAUGAAAAUUAUGAUACUUCUGAAAAUAAUGGUUAUGAUUUUCCAAACUACAAUAACUAUGAAAACAAUGGCUACGAUAUAACUACUUUUCAACCACUAGAGCACAUACAUAUUGAGGAGGAAUGUGAUGAAGACCAUUCUGAUAUUGAAGCACAGGCUUUCUCUGCAAGCCCUACAGAAGCCAUAACGUCUCCUGAAGAGAAUUUUCGGUUUAUGGAUACUUUAUUUUUGACAGGAAGUGGUGCAGGUGGCUUAUUUGGCAACGACGAUGGUGAAAUAAAUUUAGUCCAAGAACCAGAUACUACUUCAUUUCCAUCUCUACUUUCUCCAGUAUCUCCUCGUCAAUCGCGAAGAGGAGGUCGAAAGGAUGACGUAUCCUUUGUUACAUGGCCAACAGAAAAGCAAGACCAAGUGUCCGAGAAGCAGUUCGAUUUCACACAAUCAAGCGCAUCUGAGAACCCUAAGUUGGAUUUUCAUGAUACGACUAUAAAUGAAAAAACCCUUCAAACACCUGAAGGAGAAAAGAAAGUGGAUUCCGUCUCCGAUUUGGACUCGUUUGAGUCUAUUCGAAGUGUAGAAGAUGGAUUUGAAAGUACAAAAGUUGACGAUGGCAGGACUCAAAUAUUCCACGAACCAUCCAGUGAAACAUUUACAGCCAUCAGUUCUGUAGUGAGUUCAGCUAUCAUUCCGAAGAAAAAGGCAAAGGAUUUGCCGCCAAGAUAUUGUAACAAUGCUGGAGAGUGCAACAUUGAUUUAAAUGAGGGUUGCAUUACCAAGGAAGGUCGCAGUGUUUGUGAUUGCAGAAGAUCUUUUGUGAGGCAUCCAGAAACUGAUAUCUGCGAGGCUCCCUUUAUGAUGAGGACAUCACUGAAACUUCCAGGUGAAGAUUUUCAUGAGGACCUCAGAGACAAAUACUCGGACAUGUACAAAAAUAAAACGAGAGACGCAAUCGAUACGAUGUGGUUGGUUGUGUACCAUGAUCCAACCCUGGAGUAUAAUGUAGCAGACAUCGAUGUUGCGGGUUUCGAAAAGGGCAGUCUGGUGAUCCACUGGGAGAUCACUUUCGCUGUGAAGAAAAAUGAGAGCAUUUUGGAAGUCGUUCAAGAAUUGGACGAGAAAUUGGAAGAAACUUUCAAGCAUAAAAAUGUGGUCAACUCUGCUCCCCUCAAUGUGGAAAAUGCCAAAUUGUUGUCGUUCAGCGACAUCAACUCUUGCGAGAAAAAGGAACUGAAUUAUUGCAGUCCAAAUGCCGAUUGCAUCAGAGAUGGAUUUCGAGGAUUCAGAUGCCGUUGUAAAGAGGGGUAUCUGGACAAUUCUAAAAAUCCCAUGUAUCCGGGUGAAAUAUGCAUCGUUACUUGUCCGCUGGAUUAUUGUGGCGAAAAUGGAUACUGUGAAGUGAGAUCGAAUGGCGAGAAACAAUGCUUAUGCAACGGCUGGUAUUUUGGUGAAAAGUGCGAUAUAUCGGGAAUACUUGUGGUUUCCUGUUUUGCUGGUGCCAAUGUUAUCCUCAUAAUCAUUGUCCUGGCUGCAGUAUUCCUUGUCAAGAGACGAAGGCAACGUAGAACAAGGUUCUACGAAAAUAAUCAAAUCAGGUUUCAACCAAACCAAGAGUUGGGUCCAUUUGGACGAGUUUCUCCGAGGCUGGCUGCUUCUAUCGCUCUUGACGAAAUGGGGCCCACCAAAACCUCUAAAUAUAUGGCUAUCAGCACACCGUUAUACAUGAAGCCAGACAUACAGAUCACCAGUCCUUCUAUAAUGGGUUCCAGUAUCAGCUACGAUUAUGAUUCGACGUUCGACAGAACACCAAGUGCCGAAGUGAACAUGGAACCUCCAAAAUAUGAUUCUGUUCCCGAAGUGCCGAAAUACGAUUCUGUCCCUCAAGUUUAGCGUUCAGCGUUUAUUUUUAGUUAAGUUUUUAGGUUCGUUUCACGAAGUUUUAUUGCAGUUUAUUUUUAUGUUGAGGAGUUUUAACUUUUGAAAAGGACUCUUAUUUGUUUUUAAUAGCUAAGGAAGAAAUGUUUUUAUAUUCAAAAUUGCUGGUAAACAAAAUUUCUUAAUAUAUAAGAUGUAUUGAAUCA